AUGCCAGCGCUGCCGGGCCACCAGCGUAAUGUAUCACAAGGGCAACAUCUAAUAGUAGACCCAAAUGAUUCUGGAGACGAAGAUGAUGCUGAACGCGGGCGAGCGGGAGUGUUUCCUGGGGGAAGUCCCACGCAUACAAGCACGCAGUGUCGACCACAAAACAAUAAACCCAAAGGCCUAUGCAGCGACCCUCAUAUCCGUGCCAAUGUCAAAGUAAUAUUAGGUUCAAUAGUGCUCACCGUUGUUGGAACGAUUCUUCUGGUUGUGGGAACGAUGGUAAUGUUUCGUCCUGACGAGGGUCCACAAGGCUGGGUGUUUUUAUUUGCUGGCUUUCUUUGUUUUGUUCCGGGAUCUUAUCAUGUCUACUACAUUAUCUGUACGCUAUGCGGUCGUCCAGGGUAUUCUUUCGAUAAGUUGCCAACUUUCAACCGAUGA